AUGUCGUGGUUUUCGGGAUCUUCCAGCUCCUGGGGCGCGUCCCUCUUCACCAGCACCGUAGACACCACGCAGCGGAAGGAGGACAAGCCCAUGCCCAAGGUGGCUGCCAAGUCUCUCAUGCGCGACUGGGAGGUGCAGUGCUACGGGACCGCGGACGACAACGAGAACGUCGAGAAGCCCACGUGGGAUCCCUUCCUCUCGCUGGAGGAGAGCGAAGCCUUUGAGAAGAGGAUGAGUACUAUGCGCCAGAUGAGGGACAUCGGAGAGUUGGGGGAGACUUCGGGACUGAAGAGCUACGAGCAGCAGGUGCUGGGGGCGCAUCACACGCACACCAAGAGCAAGACCAAGAAGAUGCCGGCCAGCGAGGGCGACACAGGGCCCACGGUCGUUGAGGACGAGGACCAGCUGGUGGGUAUGGACAAAGUCAUCGACGGCCAGACCUUGUCAGUGGCCGUGCCCUGGUCGUUGUGGCCCCAGCAGACCACCGAGUGGAAGAAUGCCGACUCAUAUGCAACGCUGAUCCCCGACACAGAGUCCUUUGGCAUUGCCUUCUAUGUCAAGGACAAGCCCCCCAUGUACUACGAGGCGGCCUGUGAGCUGGAGCUGAGCCGCGGCCUCGACAGCCCUGGCUCCGCGGGCAUGUGCUUCCACCUGAAGCCGGGCCGAGGCAACGCAGGCAUGCGCUCCUACAUCUUCUAUUUGCAGUUCCUGGAAGGUGAGGAUGACUCGGCCAAGCUCGUGGUGGCCAAGUUGUCCGGGCAAUCCUCGCGGGAGAUGCCGGAGACGCUGCGAGAUCUCAAAGAGGUGAACUGUACCGAUGGCUGGCACUACUUCCGGGUGAGGUCGUUCCACGGGGGCCUGAUGUUCUACUUUGACUUCCAAUACGUCGGCUUCAUGGAGGUGGGAGACGACAGCCUGGCGCGGCGUGGUUUGUUGGGCGUCUGGGCUUGGGACAUGCCGCGGCCUCGGCUCGAAUGA